AAUAGUGAAUCCCCCAUGUCUGUGUUACCUAACAGUGCUACAUAUAUGGCACAAGUCCUCAGUAAUGGGGCGGAAGAGCGCGAGACUUUCCACAAAUUCUUCGAGUGCUGGCUUGUUGAGCAAAGCCAGUAUCUUGAAGAACUUGUCUCCGCCUCUAAAGAGCGCGACCAGCUUGAGAAUAAUGGUCGAACCAUUACCAAGGAAGAAUUUGAUAAGAGCGUUUUGCUUCCUCUAAUCCACCGUGUUGUGCAGCACUACGAGCACUACUACAAGGCGAAAGAGAGGUGGGCGAAACACAAUGUGUUAGCCAUGUUCAAUCCAUCCUGGACAACCUCUCUUGAGGAUGCUUUCCUCUGGAUUGGAGGUUGGAGGCCAAGUAUGGCGUUUCAUUUGUUGUACUCAAAGUCGGGCCAACAAUUCGAGGCUCAAAUUUCUGAGUUGAUACGAGGUGUCAGUACAGGUGACUUGGGAGAUAUUUCACCAAGUCAACUCAGCCAGGCGGACGAAUUACAGAGGAAAACCAUAAGGGAAGAGAGAGAGAUUAGUGAGAAGCAGGCAAAGCAUCAGGAGACGAUUACAGACUCGUCCAUGGUCGAGAUGUCCCAUGCUGUGUCCGAGUUAAAGAGAGGAGGAGAUGUCAGUCGGGAAGGGGGUGAGAUAGACGAGGGACAAGUCGACACAACCCUGGCACCCAAGGAGCAAGGCUUGGUGGAAGUCUUGCAAAUGGCAGAUGAACUCAGGAUGAAAACUCUCGAAGAAAUUCUCAACAUUUUGACUCCACUACAGUGUGUCCAUUUCUUGAUUGCUGCUGCAGAAUUACACUUGAGGGUUCACGAAUGGAGUAAGAAAAGGGACGCCAGGCACCCCCCAGCUGGUCAAAAUGGGCACGAGCAAUAAAGUCCUGACUGGUAAAGAAGCUAGAUUGUACUGGUCUACUGGAUUCUAUUAAGAAAGAAAGGAAAUUUUCUUUGGUAUCAGGUUCCUAUCUCUUGUCAGCAAGCUAUAAUAAUUUAACCCCUUCUAGAUUUUUUUUUUUUUUUCAAAAUUUAAAAUCGUGCAGAAUUUGUGUGGCAAACGGGACAUGUUGGCACUAUUUCAAUAAGAUGAAGUAUUUUAGUUUAGAAUUUGUGGGCUGUGAUAUCAUUGGAAUCUAUGCAAACACAUUUUAGGGAACUGCAGUGCCAGACAGAAAUACCCUGCAAAAGAUUAUAACAAAGAAAGCUACUCGAUGGUUUUGUAGCCAGUGAAUUACCAUGGGUAACCCACUUAAUACGUUUCAUAUCCCAUUUGUACUACGCACUCAGUAAGCUAGAAAUAAAAGCAUGUUUUGGUCAUUGGUUGCAAUACCACGAAGAGAUAUCUGAAA